AGUGAUGGACGGCCUGGUCGGGAAAAUGCAUUCUCUGGCAGCCAAAAAAAAAAAAGGAAAUUGCAUUCUCAUUGGAUCUUCACCGCUUGAUUCCCCAACCAGAAAUUUUGUCAAGACUCAAGAAUUUCCAGAGAGAGAGAGAGAGACAAUUAACCAAAUUAUUUGAUGACGAUCAGAAAUCUUUGGCAUUCGUGCAAAAUACAAGCAUUGCCAUUUGAUGCUGUAUUAUGGUUGGAUUGGAAAGAGUGGCGUGUAGAUUUGUGUCUAUUAUGACUAGGAAAUAAAACAAUUACUCACAUGUUUUGCUGACAAAAAAAAGAAAAAAGCACGUUUUUGAUAGGAGUAAACCAUAAAUUUCUAUCCCGUUUAAUCGAAAAAAAAAACCCAUAAAUUUCCCGAUUUAUUUUAUGAUUUGAAAAUUGAAUCCCAGGUACGUGACUACGUGAGUCGACAAAUGACAAACCGCGCCAUCCCCUUCAUACAAUUUAGCAACGCAGUGGUGAUUUUGUGAUCUUGUUUCUCUCUCUUCUGGGAAAAUUUGCAGCGAUAUCUCAUCAACUCUACCUCCAUCCCCAUAUCCAUGGCUCCAGAUCCCAAAGGAUUAGUUAUUGUGAUCAUUGGUGUUAGUGGAUCCGGAAAAUCAACCAUAGGGGAGAUGCUGAGCAAGGCCAUGAAUUGUGUUUUUCUGGAUGCUGAUGACUUCCAUCCACAAUCAAAUAAAGAAAAGAUGAGCAAGGGGAUACCAUUAUCAGAGGAAGACCGGGUGCCAUGGCUUGAGAAACUACGCGACACUCUCAGAGAUAGCAUAAACAGUGGCAAAACCACAAUCCUUGCGUGCUCAGCUUUGCAAAAGAACUACAGGGAAAUUCUCAGAAUGGCUGAUGAAAGUUAUGAAGUGGGAAGUUAUGCUUGUUGUGUGAAGUUCGUUUUGCUGGAUGCUCCGGCCGGGGUGCUUGCAGUUCGGAUCAAUGCAAGGGCCAAGGAAGGGAAACACUUCAUGCCUGCUUCGCUCUUGCAGUCUCAAUUGGACUUGCUUGAUAUUGAUCCCAGUGAGGGGAUAAUCAAGGUUGAUGGUACUCAGAGUCCUCAUGACAUUGUGAACACCAUACAAAAUCUAGUAUCUAAUCAAAUUUUGUAAUUGAUUGCUUAGUGUUUAGUUUCCAAUAGAGACAAUGGGAAUCCUUUACUCCUUUAUGUAUGAGUAGUCAUGAUUCAGAGCUUACCAUC